UAGGCAGCAUCACUUCCAGCUCAUGCAUUCAGUCCCACAGCUGCCCCAUAAGACACCGAGCCGCAGCUCCGCUGAUCCAAGGUGCACCCUCACACACAGAGAGACACUCGCACUCCCGGAUCUUUGCAGGGAGAUAGAAGCUCAUUGUCGUAGACGCAAUGUUUGUCAAAUUGGCCGUGGUACUGCUGAUUUUGUCAGUACUGGAGCAAGUAGUGGGAUCGGAUAAUAUUGACAUUUAUGACAGUCCCCCGGAGAAGCCUGCGAGCCAGAAAGGACGCCUCUCCCUGCAGAACACAGCUGAGAUCCAGCACUGCCUGGUGAGUGCAGGGGAUGUCGGCUGUGGUGUGUUUGAGUGCUUUGAGAAUAACUCCUGCGAGAUCCGAGGGCUACAGGAAAUCUGCAUGACGUUCCUGCACAACGCUGGCAAAUUUGACUCUCAGGGGAAGUCCUUCAUCAAGGAUGCUUUGAAAUGUAUGGCACAUGGUCUGCGACACAAGUUCAGUUGCAUCAGCAGAAAGUGUGUGUCCAUUAAGGAGAUGGUGUUUCAGCUCCAGAGAGAGUGCUACAUCAAACACAACCUGUGCUCUGCUGCUAAAGAGAACGUGGCCGUCAUGGUGGAGAUGAUCCAUUUCCAAGAUCUAUUCCCUAAAGGUCCAUAUGUGGAGCUGGUAAAUAUUCUCCUGAGCUGUGGAGAGGAAGUGAAGGAGGCGCUGACACGCAGUGUCCGACUACAGUGCGAGCAGAACUGGGGGGCUCUCUGUGACAGCUUGAGCCUCUGCUCCUCCCUCGCCCCGUCUCCUGCCAGCACCCCUGUCGAACACCGCCGCCACAUUAUGCCUUCCCAGCCUGAACCGGAGCACCCGCGCCUACCACGGCAAGGUGAAAAAGAUAGAGCUGUUAAGGCGGGCUUCAACUCUCACCCACGUAACCGCAGUCAGGGACCCCGCCGUCAUAGUCCAGAAGCCGGAGUGGUGGCUGAGCAGGAAGACCCCAAGGCCACCGACAUCCGGAGGUGAAAGCUCAGGAGACUAACUUUUGACCUCCUACACCAUUUAAAAGCCACACUUGCAGACUUGUGUACACCUUCACACAACUACACACACAAGCACACACAGUCACACACUUUUCAACACACACACACACACACACACACACACACACACACACACACACACACACACACACACACACACACACACACACACACACAAAUUCCCAUAAAGACUGAGCAGAAGGAAACAAGCCCCGACCUUUCCUGUCCUUAUUCCGCCCUCUCUAGUCAUUCCAGCAGUCCCACAUGGUAAAUGUGCAGGGUAAUCGUGGUGUAGCUUAUGCCAGACUGUAGGCCACAUUUUUUUUUUUUAAUUGAAUAACAAUUGUUGACUAUUUCAACUGUUAGGACUAUUUUGGCUCUAAUAUAGCAUUUCUCAAAUCAUACUUACUGUAAGAUUUGAUUAUAUUUGUAUUAUUUAUUUUAUUCUUUAUGCAAAGUUGAAAUAUCAAUAUGUACAUAGAAUAUCUAUAUUUAUAUGAACAUGUAUAAAUAUAGCUACAAUAUGCAAUACUGAUAUACUAUAGGUGACAUAGUAUAUGGUGUGCUGUCUGUUGUUCUCUUCACAGUAUUGCACCCAUCACACAUUGGUCUGUAGAUAUGUAACAUACACUAUUUGCUGUUUCAAAGUGGGAAUAUGUAUUAUAACUAUAGAUACUUGAUGAUUAAUACAAAUUGUACAGGAUUUAAGUCCAGUUCUGGCACAUAUGAAUUGUAGUGCAUGACGGCCAUUAAAUGUGUGCAUUCUUAAAGUGAAAGUCCACUCAAAAGAGAAUGCAGAUGUAAUGCUAUGAAUAUGAACAGUUAAUUCACACUUGUAUGUAUUGAUAAGUCUCUCGCAGAGCUAGAAAUAAGCAGAGAUGCUUCUUCGAUGUCACCCGGCACUGCUCUCUGGGCAGCGGUGAAUGGGGAUCUAAUUCAGUUUUAUGGACUCUAUAUGUUUCACAAGUACUAGAUAUAUUCCAUCAUGUGUCUUACUUUAAUGCAAGUGUCACACCACUCUCAUUCAUUGUUAACGGAGCUCCAGAAACUGUGUCUCAGAGACAUUGCAGAUCAGUGUCAUGUGUUUGGUUUCAGGAGCCAUUACUCAUGUUCACAAAUAGUAGCUGACCUGUCAAGUGUGUUUUCCGUGUGACUGUCAGCUAUCAGCAGCAAAGAGGAUGUUCGAUUUCAAAUGUAAAAAUCACAAACAUCAACGUGCCUAAAGUCGUUAAUGUCCACAGUGACCGCUUCUCUGUGAUUUUAAGUGAAUGGAUGAUACUGUGUCAUGGGGAGAUUUAAUGUUAAAGCUAUUUUACGAUGGUGUUGAGCCACAAAGUCUUGGAUUUUGCACUUCAGGUUAUUGUCGGUUUGUGUUUGACUGGUGCAGCUUAGGAAAUAAGACCACAUUAGCUGAAUAGUCACCCUCUAGCCAGAGGUUAUUUCGUUUAAGCAGCCUGGAUUUCCUAUCUGUGACGGCACCAAAAAGGCCUGCAUCCCCACAUGCUCCUUAGAACCAGAUCGAGCCCCCUCUUUAGUCGAGCCAUGCUACCCUUCCUUGGUGCCCCAGCGGGUAGGAAAGAGACUUGACAGAAACCAUCCAGAUUUCUGGCCUCUAUAAAUUAGUCCUUAUUCCUCUCUGGUCCCAUACCUAGGUCAGACAUGAAGGCCUGUUAUUCUACCCGUUAGAGCCGCAAGCAACACAGCGAGGACCCAGGAACUGGGUUAAGUCCACACACGGGGGCUCUGGCGCUGUUAUUCUAAAUGUUAUAUUUACAGAGGCCACCAGAGAAUUCCUCUGGGUCACAGCCAAGAGCCAGCAAAACAGGGAGGCAGAGACGAACGGAGCAAGAAGGAGUUAGAUGAGUCCAAUGUCUUUUUUCUUUUUUAUAUGAUGAUUCACUCUGUCUUUACUUCUCCUAGUCCCCUUCUUUUACUCCUCUAAGGCACAGACAUGCAGACUUUUGACCAUUUCAGGCCAGUCACAUGCUUCAGUUGUGGAAGUGCAGUUUAUGAGCACAUUUCACCACAUGCUGAGGAGUGCUUGGUGCAAAAUGAGAACAAAACAUUCUCAGAUUUUGUGGCUCAGUUAAGGCUUUUUCACUUUGUUUUUCCUUUUCCUAUGUACUUACGGAAAGAUAAAGGUUUAUUCUCCCACUCAUUUAGACACUAUCUUAAGUGAACCUUUCAGGCUUUUUUUAUUAUUAUUAUUCUUUUGUGGAAGUUGGGAUUCCUGUGACAUCCCAGCAUAAGACAUAAGCUAAUCCUAUGAGAAUGUACUGUAUGUUUGUAACGUGACAAUCUGUUAAGCUUUCUGUCAUUAGGUUUGAUAUGGCUUUUUGUAAUACUAUAGUGGCUUGAAUGGCUUUUUUUUUUCCUGUAUGUGUUCAGAGGAAAAUAAAACUAACCAGGUUUCCUGUA